UUUUUUUGCGUUUCUUUCUACUUUAUAUUACAACAUGGCACCGCCACCAUUGGAUAUCAAAUUGGAAGUGAUUCUAGAUAAUGCGAAUAUAAAAUAUUUCCCAGGCGACGCAGUUGAAGGCAAAAUCUUUAUAACCAGUAACCAGAAUUACAGCUUGACCAAGCUUCGGCUAGCAUGGACAGGUCGUAUCUCUGUGCAGCCAAUUCAAAGCAAUAGGGACAAUCGUACAUAUUUUGACGAGUGCUGGAAACUCGGCAGCAACAUUAGUAAAUCAGCGACGAAAACGGCCAAGGGAUCCAGUCAAGUGCCUUAUUACAAUACUCAUCUUGUAUCUGUACUGGAUUCAGCAUUAGAGCCUAAAGUAGAUUUGGCAAAAAAUAAAACGAUGGGAUUUGCUUUCAAAGUGUAUGUGCCUAACGACCGACCAUUACCCAGUUCAACAGAAGGCACAAUUUUAAAUAAAAUUAUUUACUUAUUGGAAGCGUUUAUUGAUCAGGAGUCUAAACCCGUGUUUUUUGCUCAGAGGGUCGUACCAGUUUACGAAGCCAUCUAUACUCGUACCCCAGAAAUGAUUAAGCCUCAACGCGCGGAACAAGUAUUCGUUGUGUCCUUAUCGAAUUUGGAAAGGGAAUUCACCUCGGCCAUGCGUGUCACUUUACCUUGUCAUGGUUGUCAAGCUGGUAUUGCCAUCCCUGUAUCCAUCACUAUUUGGAAUAAUAUGGAAUUUUCCCGAAAACAAGGUAUUUCUAUCUCGCUCUUUCGAGUAAAUCAUGUCGUAGCCAAUGGACGUGCUUACACCUCACCAGGUGAAAAGGUUCAUCGUAUUGUGGCAGAUCUCAACAUUACUUCCGAAAACAAUGACAAUAACCAACACGUACAAACAGUGCGAGCAGGAUUACCUAUACCUAAAGGCACCAUGCCUACCAUCUCUCUGGAACAAAGUGAAUUAUUAUCCGUGUCCUACUUUAUUCGUGUUCAAAUUUUUGCACAAGAAGGCACUUAUACCACCGCUCAAGGCACUCGUUCGCAAUUUAUGAUGGUAGACAUACCAUUUAUCAUCGGUACUUUGACAGCACCUAACUCACCUACAUCCACAGCCAUAUCUUCGCCCAGAGCCUCUAUGACUUCGCCUAGAAUCACAUCACCUAUGAUUACUUCACCUAGAGCAAACAUAACAUCACCUAGACAACCACAAACACAAGCAGCAUCACCAAGGCAGCAACCUCAGCCAGUAUCACCCCGACAAGUAUCACCACCACCUACAAAUAUUUCUCCCGCAAGUUCCAGAACAGUGACUCCCGUCUCUUCACCAAGACCGGUUGCUUCGUUAUUGACCAGUUCAUUCACCGCUCCUGUGAUACCCACCAACAGCAGUGCCAGUCUAACCGUUGUCGACAAGGAUAAGGAUACGGACUCGAUAGCGGAGAAAAAAAAUAAGAUCAUGAGUGGCGUGUUCAGAAAAUCGUCUUCUGGAUCAACCGUGUCUUCAGAGGAGGUAAAGAAAAAGCGGGGCAUGUUCUCGACACUGAGGUUAUACGGACGUAAUAAAUCGAAACAAGAGGAAAUUACACCAACGGUUGUUAUGACGCCCAAACAGGCAAUAGCCGGAGAUACGGUAACCAAUGACGAGUCACAGAUAAUGAUUGUGGAGCAGAAGGAAGAUGAGGUUGUGGAGGAGACGAAAAAAUGGUCGGAACAACGAGUGUUUAAAAUGUUUGAUGAUUCUGACUCGGAAGACGAAGAAGCGGUGGCAGUCAAAACUCCACCAUUACCACCACGACCAUUAGAACCAGCAGCAGCAGUGUCGCCACCACCACCAGCCGGUGGUGUGUUUAAUAUGUUUCCUGAUUCAGACGAUGAUGACGAAGAGGAAGGUGAGCCGAUCGGGCAUGUAUCAACCGAUUCCGUCAGCACCAAUCAAAGACUAGACUCCUCUCAUGUCUUUAAAAUGUUUGAUGACGAUGAUUCGGAUGAAGAAGAUAUCAAUCAAUUAUCCAUCUCUAGGCCAGAUUAUACAUUGAUUGAUGAACGUGUUAAACCGCAUGAACAGAAAUUUGAAUAUAAACCCAAUGUAAAGGAAUAUGCACAUCUUAAACCUGAUAGUAAAUAAUUGCAUGAUUUACACACAAUUUAAUA